UCUCAGCGUCCUGUUUAUGACCAAGCGUGGCUGAUUAACCUGUUUCUCUGCGAACAAUGUGACGUUUUUAAGAGCACGGAGGAAAGCCAGUGGUGACCAUUUUUAGCCGCUUGUUUCCCCACCCUGACGGAAACUCUUGCUUCAUAUCAAAAUAGUCUUCGUUAUCAUGUACUGUCAGUGUGUCCUAUAGUGAACAGAGGAGCUGCAGCACUAUGGAUGUGAUCUCUAAAGAGGGCCCGCUGUUCCUCCAGGGAGUCAAGUUUGGGAAGAAGAUCUGGCGUAAGUCAUGGCUGGUCCUCCUGGAGGCGGGACCCGCAGGCGUGGGCCGUCUGGAGCUGUGGGACCUGCGGGACGGUGGAGGCCGGAUGGGGUUCGGGAUCAGCAAACCGGCAGGGUUUAAGAGGACGGAUAAGCGAGUGAUUCGGCUGUCGGACUGUCUGAGCAUCACCCCGGCUCCAGCAGAGAGCUGUCCCACAGACUGCUCCGCUUUCUUCCUCAACACCAUCUCCUGCACCUUCACCAUCGCUGCGCCCCAACAGGACGACUGGCUGGCGGUGCUCUGCCGGCUGGCUUUUCAGAAGAGCCAGAGCAGCGAAGACAGCAGGAGAGUUCAGAAAGACAAAUACCUGCCGCUGGCCAGCAACGAGCUGUACUCCACCUGGGGAACAGGUCAGUUCCAGGUGUGUGUUCAGAGCACAGAAUCAUCUCAGAGACUCAGGUUGUCUGGGUCUUACCUGCUGUCGGCUGAUAAAGAGACGGUCAGUCUGCUGGACCUAAAGACUGGACAGCCCAUCCAGCGCUGGCCAUACAGACUGCUCAGGAGAUUCGGCCCAGUCAAGGGCGGCAUCAUGAUCGAGGCGGGCCGCCGCUGUCCCAGUGGCGAGGGUCAGUUCAUUUUCCAGUCCAAACAAGGAUCUCAGAUACAGCGAGCCAUCGAGGACGCAAUUAUGCACCAGAGCGUCCAGGAGCUGCUGGCACAGGCCUCCGCUAUCCCACCACAGCCCCAAACCAGACCCGAGAUCAGCAAACCUCCUGCGGUCACCGUUAAUCCACAGCGUCCAGCAAUACACUGCAAACGCGGACAGCAAAUACACAAAGCCAUCGAGGAAGCGCUUGCAUUGCCAUCAUACACACCUCGUCCACCAUCCUCACCGAAACCCAAAACACAACUUAAGGAGGUCAAAAGAGAGAAACCCUGUCCACCGGUGCCACAAAUAAAUAAAUAUCACAACAUCCAAAAACUGACCCCUCCACCACCACCACCGCCACCACCCUUACCAAAAAACAGACCACAAGACUGGACCAAUGCACUGAAAAACACGGAGAAUCCUCGCAGGAACAUCUCUCUUCCUGAUCUUCCAGCGUGCAUCAGAAGCCCUGUAAACAGUUCGGAUGAUGUUUUAUAUUCUGUGAUUUUCCCCCAAGCCAAACCCAGAGAGAAUAUCAACCUCCCAGCUCCUCCUGCAAUGCAAACACAUGAGGAUAUACUAUCAUCUGAAGGGUGUUUCACUAAGAAGGAGGAGACUCUGUACACUAACCUGAGCUCUAUUGAACGCAGCAUUGAGGAUCUGUACAGUACGGUCAAUUAUGCGGCUAAGCGUAAAAACAGGCAGACUGAAGAAAACAGCGAAAUCCUGGCUGAUUUCAAGCAGACUCUGUCUAGUCUUCUGUCUAAAGAGCUGGGGAAGGUUCCUCCUGUGUUUCCGGGCAGGUCGUGUGGAGGAAGUUGCGAUGAGUUGGACAGAGUUGAUGAACUGAUGACUGAUUAAAUGUCAGAUCAGUGAUGCGAUAAAUGAAAGCAGAAGUGGGUUAUUUUUUCUAAACUUGUGAGACUUCCCUGUAAUGGGCUAUUGUAAUGGGCUAUAUGCAUGGUUAGGGGUUUUUAAGGCACAGAUAAACUUCAUGUCAUAGCUUAAUGUGACUAUUUUUUAAAAGAAACCAGACCUUAAACGUGUCGAUUUUGUAAUAGCAUGACAGUUCACUAGAAGCGUGAAGCCUGAAAAUGAACAGUCCCUGUGCAUAUAGCCUGUUAUGCAUUAUUAUUAUUAAUUAAACUUAAGUAAAUUGUAUAACUGUACAGGGUGGGCCGUGUAUAUGGAUACACCUUAAUAAAAUGGGAAUGGUUGGUGUAAUUAACAUCCUGUUUGUGGCACAUUAGUAUAUGUGAGGGGGCAAGCUUUUCAAGCUGGGUGGUGACCAUGGUGGCCAUUUUGAAGUCGGCCAUCUUGGAUCCAACUUUUGUUUUUUUUAAAUAGGAAGAGGGUCAUGUGACACAUCAAACCUAUUGGGAAUUUCACAAGAAAAACAACUGUGUGCUUGGUUUUAACGUAACUUUAUUCUGUCAUGAGCCCCCUCACAUAUACUAAUGUGCCACAAACAGGAUGUUAAUAUCACCAACCAUUCCCAUUUUAUUAAGCUGUAUCUAUAGAAAUGUCCCACCCUGUAAAUGUUUAUGGAUGGAGAGAUUUACUGAACUCAAUUGUAUUUUAAUGUACAGUUCCUGCAUCUAACUAAUCAUU